AUGGCCCGUAACUACAUCAGAGAUAAAGAUUGGAUGUACGUGGGUCGUGCAGAACGCAUGCAAUCUAUUUUCGUUAAUGGAGUUGGUGCUUUCAUGGACUUUGUACGUAGACACGAUAUGGUCCGCCAUGGGAGACUCAUUUGUCCAUGUAAAUUAUGCGCGAAUAGGUUGCAUCAAUUGGAGGAAGAAGUAGAACUUCACAUUGUGAAGAAUGGUUUUGUUAGCGAUUACAAAACUUGGGUAUAUCAUGGACAAAUUGAAGGUCUCAGUGAUGCAGAUGAAGAAGAACAAGAAGAUGACAACUUAUUUCUUGAUGAAGAAAUGGAGGAAAUGGUUGAGGUAGCUCUUGGUAACACUAGCCCUGCUGAAGAUCCUCCUUUCGGAGGGCAUCGUGAAGACAAUUAUGAUAAGUACAUGAAUGAUGCUAAGAGGCCCAUUUAUGAGAAUGCAAAACACUCCACGCUGUCAUGGUUUGUCCAUCUAUUCCAAAUUAAAUGUCUAAAUAAAUGGAGCAACAAGUCAUUUACAAUGCUCCUCAAGUUUCUUAAAGAUUCUAUGCCUCCGGGGAACCAUGUGCCUGAUAACUGGUACGAAGCUCAAAAGAUAAUGUCUAAUCUGGGUCUAAAGUGUGAGAUGAUACACGCAUGUCCUAAUGAUUGUAUAAUUUAUUGGAAAGAAAAUUCAGAUAAUACGGAGUGUCCUACUUGCGGAGAGGCUAGAUAUAAGAAGAAAGUACAUGGUCAAAAGAAGGAUAUACCUAUCAAGUUAGUACGAUACUUUCCCAUUACACAGAGGCUGCAGAGGCUAUUCAAGUGUAAGAAGACAGCGGUGGCGAUGACUUGGCAUCACCGUGCACGUCCAAGUGAAAAUGGACGAAUGAGUCAUCCUAGAGAUACGCCUGCAUGGAAGGAUUUUGACAGUAGGCACCCAACAUUUAGUCAGGAACCUCGUAAUAUCAGGCUGGGAUUGGCUAGUGAUGGCUUUUGCCCCUUCAGCUUUAAGGGCAAUCCCCACAGCACAUGGCCCGUUGUGAUGAUGAUUUAUAACCUCUCACCGUGGUUGGCUAUGGACCAAUCAUAUUUCAUGAUGCCUCUUCUUAUUGAUGGUCCAAAGUCACCGGGAAACAAUAUUGAUGUCUAUCUUCGACCUCUUAUCGAAGAGUUAAAGUCUUUAUUCAUUGAUGGUGUGGAUACAUACGAUGCAGACACGGGGACAAACUUCACCAUGCGUGUAGCCUUAAUGUGGACAAUCAAUGAUUUUCCCGCGUAUGGAAUGCUAUCUGGUUGGUCUGUACAUGGUUAUACUGCAUGUCCUUACUGUCAUCUCCAGACAACAUCGAAAAGACUACCCUUUAGCAAAAAGACUUGUUAUUGCGGCCAUCGGCGCAUGUUGGAUGAAAAUCAUCCGUACAGAGAUGAUAUCAUCCACUUUGAUGGUACUAAAGAGAAUCGCCCGCGUCCAGACCCAUUAUCCGGAGAGGAUAUACUUGCUCAGUGGAAUGGUAAAAACAAUGUGACUUUUGGAAAAAUAAAGGGAAGGCAAGAAACACCACAGGGAUGGAACAAGAAAAGUAUCUUCUUCGAACUACCCUACUGGAAGACAAAUAAAGUGCGGCACAAUCUAGACGUCAUGCACAUUGAGAAGGGAGUAUCUGAGCACAUACUUAACUUACUUCUCUGUAAAGAUGGAAAAUCAAAAGAUAACCUUAAAGCUCGAAGGGAUCUGCAGGCGUGGAACAUUAGAAAAGAGUUGCAUCCUAUACCGAAGGCAGAGAGAAAACCGCAUCAAUCAUCACAGCAGCAGCACGUCCAACAAGUGUCCAGGCCUGCCACAGCAGCUCCAACAGGCAGCAGGCAACAGUCAGCAGCAGCAGGCAAACAGUCAGGCAGGCAGCAGCAACAGCUUCAAGCAGGCAGCGUGCAGCGCAGCGCAGCUACAACAGGCAGCAGCAGCAAACGUCAGCUAGCAGAGCUAGCAGCAGCACAGCUUCAACAACAGCAGGCCAGCAGCUUCAGCAGGGCAGGCAGUCCAGCAGCAGCAGCAACUACUUGGGAUCACAGCUGUAAUAUCAAGAAAUAA